AAGAACAAACUGGAGUAGAGGAGGAAGAGGAUUAGAGAAGAAGGAGAGAGGAUAUUGGGUGGCUCUUUUUUUUAUUUUCUUUGGUUUUUAAUUUAUUAUCCCCAAUUCUCUCAUUUUUAAUAAUUCUCAUCUGGGCUCUGCUCCAAAUCACUCUCCUUCAAAACAUCAAAAUAGAAGGUGUUUUUACCUCUUUCUUCUCCAAAUAGUUCUUUCAUUUUCCCCUAUUUGCCCUUACCUUAGUUUGGCAAUGGAAAACUAGCAUGUUCCAAGAGCCAAAUAUAUAGUUCCAGACUUCAGUGGCACUACUAUGGCAGUCCCAAAACGCCAAUUUCCCAUGGCAGCAGCACAGGCACAACGCUUACUAUGCCUUCCUAAAUCCACCAUCAGAGGCACAACAACAACUUUUGCUUCACUUCCCACCUCAACCACAACAACCCCACCAUCUGAUGACACCUUUUUAGUCCAGAAAAUUCUAUGGAACCUAAAACAAGGUAAGCCAAUCACCAAUUCAUCACUAUUAUUACAUCGUUUAAACCCAUCUACUUUUCUUGAAGUUCUUGGUAGUUGUCGUGAUAAUUUGCAUUUAGCUCAAAAAUUCAUCAACUUGGUUACUGUAAAUUGUCCUAAUUUCAAGCAUUCCUCGACUUCAUUGAGCACUGUGGUACAUGUGUUGAUUAGGUGUAAGAGGGUAGCUGAUGCACAGGCUUUUAUCCUUAGGAUGAUUAGAAGGAGUGGUGUUUCAAGAAUUGAGAUUGUGGAAUCUUUGGUGUCAACUUAUGGGAUAUCCGGGUCGAAUCCAUAUUCUUUUGAUUUGUUGAUUAGGACUUAUGUACAAGCUAGGAAGAUUAGGGAAGCUGUAGAAGCAUUUAGGUUGUUGCAAAGUAGGAAUCUUUGUGUUUCGAUUAAUGCAUGCAAUGGUCUUCUAGGCGGGCUUGUUAAGAUUGGUUGGGUCGACUUGGCAUGGGAAGUGUAUGGUGAGAUGAGAGGAAGUGACAUUCAGCCAAAUGUAUAUACCCUUAAUAUAAUGGUGAAUGCUUUGUGUAAAGAUGGGAAAAUUGAAAACGCGAAUCCAUUUAUUAAAGAAAUGGAAGAAAAGGGAAUUUUUCCGGAUAUGGUGACUUACAAUACUUUGAUAAAUGCAUAUUGUCACGUGGGGCUUCUGGAAGAAGCCUAUGAUGUGAUAAACUUGAUGAAAGUUACAGGGUUGAGACCGUGUCUUUUGACUUAUAAUUCAAUAAUCAAUGGUUUAUGUAAGAAUGGACAGUACAGGAGAGCAAGGCAACUUUUGGUUGAGAUGGUAGAGAGUGGACUGACCCCUGAUACCGCUAGUUAUAACACUUUGCUUGCUGAGUGCUGUAGAACAGGUAACCUGCAGGAAGCAGAAUCUGUUUUCAAAGAAAUGUCUUGUCGAGCUAUCAUCCCUGAUUUGGUUAGUUAUAGUUCUCUUAUUGGGUUGUUUUCAAGAACGGGUCGUCUCGACUGCUCAUUGGCGUACUAUGAGGAUAUGAAAUCCAAGGGUCUUACACCAGAUAACGUAGUCUACACAAUUCUCAUUGGUGGUUUUUGUAGAAAUGGCUCUAUGAAGGAGGCUAUGAAGAUGCGUGAUGAAAUGCUGGACCAGGGUUUACAUAUGGAUGUGGUGACUUACAAUACCAUAUUGAAUGGAUUAUGCAAAGAAAAGAUGCUUCAUGAAGCUGAUGAUCUUUUCAAUGAGAUGGUGGAAAGAGGUGUAAAUCCUGAUUUUUACACUUUCACUACGCUUAUAAAUGGAUGUUGCAAGUGUAGUAACAUGGACAAAGCACUGACCCUAUUUGAGGCCAUGCUGCUGAGAAACCUCAAGCCUGAUGUUGUGACAUACAACAGCUUGAUUGAUGGAUUUUGUAAGGUUGGUGAUAUGGAAAAAGCUUUCAGCUUAAGGGAUGAGAUGAUCUCUGUGAAUAUUUCUCCUAAUUAUAUUACCUAUAGUAUUCUCAUAAAUGGCUUUUGUAACAAGGGUUGUGUAUCCGAUGCAUUAAGACUAUGGGAUGAGAUGAUUGACCUAGAUAUCAAACCUACUAUUGUGACUUGCAACUCUAUUAUCAAGGGCUAUUGCAGGUCUGGUGAUGCUUCGAGGGCAGAUAAGUUUCUGAACAACAUGCGGUCCCAAAGAAUAUAUCCUGAUUCAGUAACGUACAAUACUCUUCUUGAUGGGUUUAUAAGAGAGGAGAAUAUGGAUAAAGCUUUAGACUUGGUUAAUGAAAUGGGAAAUCGAGGGCUGUCACCUGAUGUGAUUACCUAUAAUACCAUACUGGAUGGUUUCUGUAAAUUUGGUCGAAUGAAGGAAGCCAACAUGCUGUAUAGGAAAAUGGUCGAGAGAGGUAUUAACCCUGACAAAUCCACAUAUACAUCAUUGAUAAAUGGACAUGUCUCUCAGGAUAACUUGAAGGAGGCUUUUCGUUUCCAUGAUGAAAUGUUGCAGAGAGGCUUCGUUCCGGAUGAUAAGUUCUAACCUCCUUGCUGUUUAUGCAAAUGAAGCUUUUGGCUAUCACAUUCUGCCAUUUUGAGAUUUCUGCUUCUUCCUUUUUGCAACUCCCCUUGCUGGUGUACAAUAAAGGGAAUUGCUAGCUAACUGAAAUCUGGGAGACCCUUAUUGGUGCUCAACAAGACAUCUGCCUUCCAAGAGCUGCCUGUUAGUGAGACCAUCAUCCUGGCAAGAGAGCGGUGCUUCUUUUUCAGAGAUGUGCUUUUGGAUGUGAUUUCGGACUUAAGAGGGCCUUUUGGUAGAGCUGUGAUAAAUAUUUCCACCAAGGGACUACUAUGCUGAGACAAGCGCACCAAAACAAUUACGCAUAUGCCUAUCUUCUGUGAACUUGACGUCAAAGGUAUAUGUUAAUGACAUAUGGCUGCCAUUACCUUCUCUUCAUUUGCUAGUUGAUUGUUCUGUUCGUGGUAGUCAUUCAUCAAUGAGCAUGAAAAAGAUUCUAGUGGUAGCUCUCAGAAGUAUGUCAAAGAUCUAGUUGCAGUUGUGUUAUCAAACCAAAUGAGCUUCAUGUCCUGCAUGAUUGACCAUACUAGGAUAGAUGUAUUGAGGACAUAAUUUGCCUUGGAUGAAACUCUAGGUUACAGAUUUUGGGACCACUUCCCGCUCAUUGAGAAAAGAGCAGCCCAGUGCAUUAAGCACCCGCUAUGCGCAGGGUCCGGGAAAGGGCCGGACCACAAAGGGUCUAUUGUACGCUGCCUUACCUUGCUUUUCUGCAAGAGGUUGUUUCCACAGCUCGAACCCGUGACCUCCUGGUCACAUGGCAGCAACUUUACCAGGUACGCCAAGGCUCCCCUUCCCGCUCAUUGAGAAACUGUGGAGAAUAUGCUAUAUAUCGAUAUAUUGCAAAGACAAAGGGUUGUAAUAUGGGAAUAGUGUAAAUAUAAAGUGUUGUUGCAUAUGAAAAAUUGUUGGGUUCUUGGAUUUGGUUUGGAAAAAGUUGAAGAAAAUUUUCAUGGAACUUGUGAGCAAGAAUGUAAAUCUCAUGAACGUGACUUCAAUUUGGUAGCAAUUGGUUGUGGAAGGUGCGGAAGAUUGGAUUUGAUUGUCGGAAUGGAAAUAACUGGUGCUUAGAGCUACUAUCGCAGGAUUUAGAGAAGGUGGCAUUGAAUGGCGCUACUAUCGCAGGAUUUAGAGAAGGUGGCAUUGAAUGAAGAAGAACCUUACACUAUACAAUGGAUAAGACAGAAUCUCCUCUGUUAAUACAGGGCAUGUAACAGUGAAGGGGACAGCAACAUAGUUAAACAGUUGUGGAAUUUUUGUGGCUA